AUGCGGGAAAUUCACCAACUUCUCAAAGACGUUAAACUUCAACUGCACGAACUAAAAGACGUUCACGAAUCAAUUUCAAAACUCGCCGGAAAAGCCGACUUGGCACCGACUAGUCUUGAAUUCGCGCAGAACCUUGAUAAACAUGAUGAUUUAUCACAUUUACGUCAAGAAUUUCAGAUACCCAAAGUUCGGGAUGUUGUGUCGAAAGGAACAGUGCUCGAAAAUGCAAACGAUGAUGCUGUCUAUAUCGCUAGCAAUUCGAUUGGACUGUUGUCGAAGCGUUCCCGAGAGUUAAUUAAUGAAGAGAUUGACGUUUGGGCUACGCGCGGAGAACUUGGUUUUCACACACAUCCUCAUGAUCGUCCAUGGGAUCGAAUUGACGAAACUGUAAUAUCCAAAUUAGCAACAUUAAUCGGUGCUAAGCCAGUUGAAGUUGCAGUAAAGGGUGAUAUCAAAACGAAUUUAAGUAAUCUUUUGACUACGUUCUAUACUCCCACCAAGGACCGACACAAGAUCUUGAUAGAACACAAGGCAUCUCCGACUGAUAUGUUUUCUGUUGAUUCUCAAAUUAAAUCUCACGGCUAUGAUCCUGCCGAGAGCAUACUAAAAGUUGAAUCAACAUCAGGUCGAGUCACUACCGAAAAUCCGGAUAUUCUGAACUUGAUAAAUAAAGAGGGUGAUACGAUUUCAGUCGUGUUUUUGGGCGCUGUGAAUUAUUACACUGGACAAUUGUUUCAUCUGGAAAAGAUUACUAAAGCGGCACACAAAAAGGGUUGCGUUGUCAUAUUGGAUCUUGCGCAUGCCAUCGGAAACAUUGUAUUAAAACUCCACGAUUGGAAAAUUGAUUGUGCAACUUGGAGCUCUGAAAAAUAUCUUAAUGCUGGUCCGGGCUCAGUCAGCGGUAUAUUUAUUCACGAAAAAUAUGCUCGUGACUUUGAACAUUCAAGGUUUGCCGCUUUAUGGGGAUACAAAAAAGAGACACGACUAAAAAUGGAAGAACCUUUCGACCAACCAUCAGCUCUCUAUGUAGCUUCAUUAUUAGGUAGUUUAGAGGUGUUCGCAAAGACUAAUUUAUGGGAUCUUCGCACAAAAUCCAUCCUUUUGACCGGCUACCUGGAAUUUCUUCUCAGCAAACUAAUUGGCGGUGCUGGUUACGAAAUGUUAACCCCGAGAGACACACGCCAACGUGGUGCACAGAUUUCAAUCAAGUUGACGGCCGAAGAUAAAAAUUUGACAGUAAUAAAAAAAUUAGCGGAUCGUGGCUUUGUCGUUGACGGGAGAAAAUCGGGGAAUAUAGUAAUGGCACCGGUACCAUUGUAUAAUACUUAUAUGGAUGUUUGGAAAUUAGCAAAGGCUUUAAAAGAAGUUCUGGCCGAAAUUCAAUGA